ACUCAGAAAGUUCCUAUUCGAAUUUUUUCUGGCUAUUAUCACAGCAGCCAUUAAAAAGUCCCCAUUUGACGCCUUCAAGACUUUCAACGAAUUGAACCCUUCUAUCUCCGAUCGUCAUCAAUGGCGUCAACGUUAUCCCACAAGUUUUGAAUUCCAUUCUUCUUCGAAGUUAUCUAUUUUGUUUACCAUUUUAUUGUUUUCAUCAAAGAUGCCUAGCUUAGCGGUAAAACUCUAUAGCAUCUUCUUCAAGUUUCAGCAAAGAUAUAUGCUACAUAAUCUAACGCAAAAUCCUGUUCACGCCGUCGAUCCUUUUGGCAUAACUUCCCGGCAUGAAGAAUCGACGGCCGCCAGCAACCCUUCCUUCUACGAAGGGGUCGCCACGAAGGACAUCCACAUCGACCCUUUUUCAUCUCUCUGCAUCCGGAUUUUCCUUCCCGCCAUGGUGGUUAACUUCGAUCCGACGAAAAUAAUCGAAGACAAAAGCAAAGAUGGUGCUUUUAUUUACAGUGGCUACUCUCCUCAGGCUGGAACAAAGCACAAGAAACUACCGGUGGUAUUACAGUUUCACGGCGGGGCUUUUGUCGGCGGAAGCAAUGAUAGUGUAAGGAACGACGCGUUUUGUCGGAGGAUUGCCAAUCUUUGUGAUGUGAUCGUCGUUGCAGUCGGUUAUAGGCUGGCCCCGGAGAGCCGGUAUCCGGCGGCGUUUGACGACGGUUUGAAAGUGUUGAAUUGGUUGGCGAAGGAGGCGAAUUUGGCGGAGUGUGGGAAGUGGAUGGGGAAUGGGAAUGGGAGAAGGAGAGCGGAUGCUCAUGUUUUUGAUGGGUUCGGUGCAUCCAUGGCUGAACCUUGGUUGGCUGCUCAUGGAGAUCCCUCUAGAUGUGUACUCCUCGGGGUAAGCAGUGGUGCAAACAUAGCAGACUAUGUGGCUCGAAAGGCUGUUGAGGCAGGGAAGCUUUUGGAUCCUGUUAAGGUAGUGGCACAAGUCCUGAUGUAUCCAUUUUUCAUCGGAAGCAAUCCCACGGCUUCGGAAAUUAAACUGGCAAACUCCUACUUCUAUGACAAGUCUGUGUGCAUGCAGACAUGGAAACUUUUUCUGCCUGAGGAAAAAUUUGACCUCGAUCAUCCAGCUGCCAAUCCUUUAAUCCCUGGGAGAGAGCCUCCUCUGAAGUUCAUGCCCCCGACACUGACGGUUGUUGCAGAGCAAGACUGGAUGAGGGAUCGAGCCAUUGCUUAUUCCGAGGAACUUCGGAGGGCUAACAUAGAUGCUCCCCUUCUUGAAUACAAGGAUGCAGUUCAUGAGUUUGCAACUCUUGAUGUGCUCCUUCAGACACCACAGGCACAAGCAUGUGCUGAAGAUAUUGCUAUAUGGGUCAAGAAAUAUAUAUCACUCAGAGGCCAUGAGUUUUCUUACUGAAUAGAUAAAAAAAAAGAGAAGGUUUGCAUCUUUGCACAAGGAGGGAAUAUAGUUUCAGGCUGUGGAUUUGUUUAUUUCGAAUGCCUGUCGGUUUGAGAGGCCUUGUCCCUUUUUUGUUCAUAUUCUUUGGAUUUUCAGGUGCAAUUUCUUCCUUGUUAUAUAUAGUUCACUAGGAAUAUUCAUUUGUUCAUAUUCUUUACCUCAACAUUGAGAUGUCUUAUAGCGUGAAGGAAUAAGAAUUUGAUGCAGUCCACCAACAUUUAUGAUUUGAAUAUAUUAUCAGCUUGUUUAAA